UUCCUCCAAAAAACACGGUUAUAACUAUCACGCCAACCCAUACGGUGAAAGAAGGCGAAAAUGUACAUAUCCGAUGCACAUCUGAAGCUUUCCCUGCCCCCAAAUUGGCGCUGAGGAUGAAAACAGAACUGGGCAUCACGGAGCUGGAAGCUGAGAACGGGCACUACGACAUAAUGUAUGCUACGGUAGACCAUAGCGGGACCUACAUAUGUGAAUCGUCAAACGUGAUCGGACGGCAAAUAUCGCAGGCCGCGCUAACCGUACAAGUCCCACCCCGAAAUACUCACGUAUCUAUAACGCCAUCGUCCGUGGUAAGAGAAGGUGACAGCGUACAGAUCCGGUGUACUUCUGAAGCCUCUCCUGCUCCUAGACUGGUCCUGAAGAUGAUAAUGGGACACGGUGUGGUCGAUCUGGUGUCUGAAAGUGGAGACUACAACAUUUCCAAUGCUGGAGUAGAACAUACGGGAACAUAUAUCUGUGAAUCUACCAAUGCGGCUGGCAGUGAGAUGGCGGAGGGCACUCUAAAUGUAGAAGUUGCUCCCAAAAAUACCUACAUAGAGAUCAUUCCGUCUCCAUUCGUAAUAGAAGGUGACUCUGUACAGAUAAGGUGCAGCUCAGAAGGCUCCCCAGACCCUAAACUUGUCCUGAAGAUGAGAUCAGAAGACGAACCCAUCACCCUGGACUCAAGUGACGGAUCUUACAAUAUCACUCAUGUAGGAAUAGAGAACGCAGGAACCUACAUCUGUGAAUCUGCCAAUGUGGUGGGACAAGAACUGGCCUUGGGAACACUGACCGUACAAGUUCCACCACGAAACACCACAGUGGUUGUGACUCCAUCACAGAACAUCAAAGAAGGUGAUACAGUCACUAUCACUUGUGAGACCCACAGCAUCCCAUCUCCAACCAUCAUUCUCCAGAAAGUGUGUGCCAAGAAUAACACGCUGCUACAGAGCACCAAUGGCACCUUUACACUGCACAAUGUCACCACCAAUGACACUGGAACAUACACCCUCAAAAUUAUUAGCAGUGCUGGAAAUGAAACAGAGGUCAUCAAUAUCGUUGUGGCAGCACAAGAAAGCACAAGUCCAAGAUUCAACCUAGUGCCCCUAUAUAUCUUCGGAUCCGUGGCCUUCGUUUCGGCGGGUGCCAUCGCCUCCAUCGUCUAUCAUCUCAAGAAAUCGAAGGUACAAGGAUCGUACAGCCUAGUAAAAGCUUUGAGAAGCAAAGUGUGACCGGACAUUGGUCGUCUUUGAUGGACAUCUCCAUGUGCAGGUCUAUGGACAAUGGAACACUUGUGGUAGCGCGUUCCUUCUGGAAGUCCUCCUCAUGGACCUAUAGUGAGCUUGUGCUGUCCCAAGCUCCGUGGUCCUUUUGUGGUAGAACCUUGGAAGUGAAACCAUCAAAACCCGAUUCCGUAAAUGGGAAAAGACGGAAGAAGAAACAAAGAUCUCUAUUUUGAGUAGCUGGAGCACUAUGUGUGUGUGAAGGAUCACUAUUUGCACUUGGACUUUUUGCGUUUUGUGGUGGUGACCAUGUAAAUGUAUAGAAGCUGCUCAUAUUUAUGUCACGUUAGUGUCAGAGCGUCGUCUCUUCUGUCCUCUUUCCCUUGUGUUGGUCUUGUGUCGAUGUGUUAGAGACGUGAAACGUGUCAUGAAUGUUAAUGUGGCCUUUCUCCAUAAGGCAGAGCUGAGCUCUAGGCGCCUUUUGUUGGCCAUUGAAAUGGAAUGAGAAGGCGAGGAUCAAAACCCACAACUGAGAGAGAGAGUGGGAUUUAGUUUUUUUUUUUUAAUAAUGGACACAAAGAACACAAUAGGGCAUCUCAUUGGUGUGGAGAUUGUGUGUGAUAGUCAUAGGCCUGAAACUGCACAUUGAUACGUUGUCUCAUACGUGAAGAACUUUUCCUUCCUUUUUGGAUUCCGUCCAAACCACCUAUUUCAACCCUCAAUUCGUUUGUUCUCUGAGAUGUCUGGUAGCGUCUCUUCCAAUCUGACCACAGUGCUCUCUGCUGCCACCUCUGUCCAUGUCAGGAACUGUCCAAAGCAGGAGAGGUUUGCUAUGGGGAUUUUCUCCUGCUCUGGACAGUUCCUGACACGGACAGAGGUGUCAGCAGAGAACACUGUGGUCAGGCUGGAUGGAACUACACAACUUCUUGUGGAGCAUACAGCAGCUGAUAAGUACUGGAAGGGUUAAGAUUUUUAAAUAUAAGUCAUUUACAGAUCUCUAUAACUUUCUGGCACCGGUUGAUUUGAAAACAUUUUUUUCCAACCGGAGUACCCCUUUAAAGGGGUAUUCCAGGCCAAAACCUUUUUUUUUAUAUAUAU